UAUGAAUAUCCAUAGUAAUUUGCAGGCAGAAAAAUAUAAGGAAGAAAAUCACGCACAAGGGGCACACCUUUCACUAUAUAACUCCAGUUUAGAUAAAAUAAUACCAAACUUACACAAGGGGAUAAAAAGAAAUGUGUUCCUUAUUCCAUUCUUGGCUUUAAAAAGAAGCAACAAAGUAGUGAGAAGAUGUACCUGUAUGCUCAGUGAAGGCAGUGGCAAUGACAGGAUUGAGAUUUUGAUUACCAGAGGUAACAUUUCCCUGUCUAGCUUCCUGAGCCUUUUUGAAAGCUACAAACUCACUAAACAAACCAUCAGUCAUGGAAUGUGCAUCAAAAGAGUUAGUGGUAGUGGUUUGUGGAGGAGAUUGGACUAUGACAGCAUUAGCAGAAGGAGGUUUUCUAGGACCCUUAGGCCCUAUCCAGUUGGGUGGGUAUCCAAUCAGUUGGAAACAUCUGUCAGAUGUAUGGCCAAGGUAGCCACAAUGGGAGCAUUUAGGCUUGGGAAAUUGUUGAGAUGGCUUGGGAUCUUUAGCAAAGGGUGGUUUAUAUGUUUU